AUGUCGGACCCCAACUCUCCUCAUAUCAAGAACCGCGACACGCCAUCAUGGGGAUUGUACCAGCGCGAGAACUUCUGGAAGUUGAACGACGACGAUGUUCCUCUUUUCAACACCCAUCCUGACAAGUUGGAAGAACUUGCACAGAAGAAGUUGACCCAGAACGGCUGGUUCUAUGCCUCAUCAAACGCAGGGCUUUCCCAUACCCAUCUCGCAAACCGCCAGGCCUUCUUCCGGCACAAGAUCGUGCCUCGUCAGCUGGUCGACACCAACGAGCGCUCCACGCGCACCAAGAUCUUUGGCCAUGAGGUUUCUGCCCCGUUCGGAAUCGCUCCCGUUGGCAUCAACAAGAUCUACCACCCCCAGGGCGAGGUCCCUGUUGCCAAAGUUGCAGGCGAACUGGGGAUCCCGUAUAGCCUGUCAACGGCGGGAUCCUGCACCAUCGAGGAAGUCGCGCAGGCGAAUGAUGCAGGGCGCGAGUCUGCGAUCAACGCACAGUCGGCGGACAAGUCAAAGAUUCCACAGGGGCCACGGUUCUUUCAGCUAUACAUGCCACACGAUGACGAGCUGACAGUUUCGUUGCUGAAGAGAGCGCAUGAGAGCGGUUUCACAGCCUGCAUUCUCACGACGGACACCUGGCAGCUCGGUUGGCGGCAUGACGAUGUCGCCACAUCAAACUAUGCCUUCUACCGCGGCAUCGGCGCAGACCUGGGCCUCGCAGACCCUGUCUUCCAGAAACGACUGGCCGAGAAGGGGAUCGAUCCAAAGACCCAACCCGAGCAGGCCGCUGCGUUCUGGAUCGACAAUGUCUGGCACGGUCGGGCAUGGAGCUGGGAGAAGGCCGUGUGGGCCAGGGAGAAGUGGCAGGAGAUCAGCGGGGGCAAGCCGUUCCUCAUCAAGGGCAUCCAGAGGGUCGACGACGCGGAGAAGGCUGCCGAUCUCGGAUUCGAGGGCAUUGUCGUGAGCAAUCAUGCCGGACGCCAGGUUGACGGCGCCAUUGCCAGUCUUGAUGCGCUCGAGAAGAUUGCGGAGAAGGUGGGUGAUCGGAUUGUUGUCACGUUUGAUAGCGGAGUGAGGGGUGCGGCGGACGUUGUCAAAGCACUUGCUUUAGGAGCCAAGUUCGUCUUCAUCGGACGGCUCUGGAUUUGGGGGCUGAGCAUUAUGGGAGAGCAUGGGGUUAGACACGUGUUAAGGGGGCUGUUGGCUGAUCUGGAUAUCUUGAUGAACGUUGCCGGGGUAAGGAGCGUUGAUGAGAUUGAUAAGGAUCUGUUGGAGGCAUUGCCCAAAUCUUAUACUCUCAUCUCUGAGAAGAGUAAGUUGUGA